CCACAAUUUGGAAAUGGCGCUAAAAUUAUACAACACAUGGGCGCGGUUGUUCUUAUUGUGAAAGCGAACACAUCCGAUGGGAAGCUCACAAAGCUGCAGAGUGGACGUCAUGAUUAUUUAGUGUUACCGCUGCGUUUGUCUGUGAAACACUCGUCUUGGUUGAUAGUUGUAACAGUCCACUGUUAAUUCACGAUUCCAGCCACCCAAAACCAUGGAA